UCUCAAGUCAUCUCACUACGGCCGGGUGGAUGUUCUCCAAGUCUCGAGGGGUCUCAACCAUCUUCGCUGUCCUCUAUGUCGCCCUAGUCCUCGUCACCACCUUCUUCGCAGCGGUAUCAUGCGCCUUGCUGCUCUCCCAGGCCGUCAGGACCGACCCGCACAGGUCAUGGAACGACAACUGGAAUGCGGUGGUCAUCGGCGCAGCGUAUGUCCUUGUGUGUGUCUUCUCGCUGGCGUUCUGCUUGAAGCGGAGGAUUGCCGUACACCGGAGGCUGCAGAGGAUCUCGAAGACGUACCGUACCUUGGGUAAAGCGGACCUGCCUGAGACAGUGCACCGCUUCAUCCAGCAGGAGUAUACCCGCGCUUGUCUGGUCACGUACGAGUCGCAACCCAAGGACGGGCUUCAGGAGGGGUGGGGCAAGCCUGGUACUAAGUAUGCCGAUACCCGAUUUCGCACCGCUCUUUUGAGAACGGUGAAGGAGAUAGACGCCCUCGCACAUCUCAUCAUACCCCGUCACCCCUUGCUACGCCCACACGUCCGGAUGCUGCAUCACUUCCGGUUCAUUCGUCCGCUGCUCUCUCAAGAUGAAGACAGACUCACUCCCUUGCACUACUACGACUCUGCCAUUCAGCUCGCACGUUAUGCCUUUCGAGAGCUCACGGAGGGUGAGUACAUUGUCGGCAAGAGGGCUGCCGAUGAGAUCAAGCGGAUAUUGGAUGAGUGCAGGCAAGAGAUGCUCGAAGGUUCAACCCCGGAUUUGCCUGGCGCCAUGUCGGCAGUGCUCAGUAUCUGA